CCCUCCAAUGUCCCUUUGAUCUCACGUUCCCCUUUGAGGUAUGGGGAUAAGGAGACGUGGAAGUAGGGAGAGAGGGAGGGAGAAGCCUCCCCUUUCCAUGGCAACUACGUGGCAUGCGUGGAGGGGCGUGACGGCAUCACGCCUUAGGACCCCAACGGGGUAAACGCGGAAGUGCAGUCCUUCACCCACCCUUCCUCCUUCCCCUUCUUCUCCCCCACUUCCUCCUCUUCCUUUUCCUCCCCUCCUUUUUCUUCUCCUUUUCCUCCUCCCCCUACUUUUCUUUCCUUCUCCUCCCCCUUCUUCCUCUCUUUCCUUCCUCCCUUUCUCCCGCCCUCCCUUCAAGAGCCUGCCCACAAUGCCUUGCAAAAUGCAACGUAGCCGGAAGAUGGCGGCGGCGGCGGCGGCGGCGGCGGCGGCGGCGGCGGCGGCGGAGGUGGUGUAGAUGUGAGGACCACGGCCACCUAGGCUCCUCCAGUGACUCUUCGCCUUCAUUGGCCCCGGCGGCAGCGGAGGCUUCGACCCUCUCCUGCCCCAUCCCUCAUUCCGGCCGAGCCCUCCUACCGCCUUCGAUUUCUCCAGAAUCAUGGCAAGUCCAAGAACAAGGAAGGUUCUUAAAGAAGUCAGAGCACAAGAUGAAAACAAUGUCUGUUUUGAGUGUGGUGCAUUCAAUCCCCAGUGGGUGAGUGUGACCUAUGGAAUUUGGAUCUGCCUGGAAUGCUCAGGGAAGCAUCGAGGCCUAGGAGUUCAUCUCAGCUUUGUGCGCUCUGUUACUAUGGACAAAUGGAAGGACAUUGAGCUUGAGAAGAUGAAGGCAGGGGGAAAUGCCAGAUUUCGAGAAUUUCUAGAAUCCCAAGAAGAUUAUGAUCCCAGUUGGUCAAUGCAACAGAAAUACAACAGCAAAGCUGCAGCCCUUUUUAGGGACAAGGUAGCUACAUUAGCUGAAGGAAAAGAAUGGUCACUUGAAACAUCUUCUGCUCAAAAUUGGACUCCACCUCAGCCUAAAAUGACUUUAUCCUCAGCUCACCGUACUUCUGGCCAAUCUCAAAACACAGCUGCCUCUUCAGACAAAGCUUUUGAAGACUGGUUGAAUGAUGAUAUCAACUCAUAUCAAGGAGGCCAAGAGAAUCGCUAUGUUGGGUUUGGUAACACAGUACCUCCUCAGAAAAAAGAUGAUGACUUCCUCAAUAACGCCAUGUCAUCACUCUAUUCGGGCUGGAGCAGCUUUACGACUGGAGCAAGCAAAUUUGCUUCAGCAGCUAAAGAAGGUGCUACAAAAUUUGGAUCCCAAGCAAGUCAAAAGGCUUCAGAGUUAGGUCACAGUUUAAAUGAAAAUGUUCUCAAACCUGCACAGGAAAAGGUGAAAGAGGGAAAGAUUUUUGAUGAUGUAUCCAGUGGGGUAUCUCAUUUGGCAACUAAGGUUCAGGGGGUUGGCAGCAAAGGAUGGAAAGAUGUCACUACCUUCUUUUCAGGAAAAACAGAUGAACCCUCAGAAAGGCCACCUGAAGGUGAUAGUUACCAGAACAGUGGAGGAGGACACUACCAGAACAGUGCUAUAGAUCAGAAUUUCUGGGAAACCUUUGGGAACUCAGAUCUCCCCAAGACCCACAAAUCACCUAGCAGUGAAAGCUGGACAUAUGCGGACAAUUCCACAGAGAAGAAGAGCUCAGAUAGCUGGGAUAUCUGGGGCUCAGGAACUGUCUCCAAUAACAAAAACAGUAAUAACAGUGACAGCUGGGAGAAUUGGGAAACCAACUGGGAAAGUGCUGGAGGGGAGGGCAAAACUACCAAGGCUCCAAAGAAGGUGGCCAAAGCAGCAGCAUCCUCUGAUGAAGGGUGGGACAACCAGAACUGGUAGACACAACCUUGGCCACUGGUGAAGAGAAGUCCCCUGAUGGUUAUAGGUUAUUUCGUGCUUAGUCAUCAUUUCUCCCAACAUGUGUUUUACUUGAUACAAAAUAACCCAUGAAACAAAGUGAAAUUCUCUUUGGUGAUUUAGCACUGCCAUUGCUCUUCAGUCAUCAAAGCUGAUAGCAGGCACCUGAGCUUCCCUGGGCCACCAUUUGAAGCCAGAUAACUUUCUUCAGGUUUCCUGCCCAGUACUGCAUGUGCAAUUUUUCUAGAAUUUCUUGUGCAGCCUUCAUUCUAAUGAUGUUUUAGAGAGAGUCCAAGACAGGAUGAUGUUAUCAAGGGGCAACAGAAAGAACUGCAAUUUUUUGAAUGCAGAAUGAAAGAUACUCAUUGAAAUGACAGUAAAUAAAGCAUCUUCCUGAAUUGUAGAGGACUGAAUGAAAUGAUGUGAAAUGCUUUUGAUUUUCUAUGAAAUGUCUUUUUAUUGAAAUGCCUUUUUAAGUUUAACGGAUUUGGUUUUUUUCAUUGUUCUCUAGAAAGAAUUCCUAGAGUUGGAAAACUUAAAAAUACUAAAGCAAUAUCAUGUCAACAUUGACCUUUGGCCAUUCUGCCUCUCCUUGGAUGUCCGAAAUAGUCACUGUUGCUUUUUCUCUGUCUUACCAUUUCAUAUCUAUAUGCCCAUUGUUCAAAUCCCUCAGGUUGAUAAUAUUUAUAAUGCAAAACAACUUAACUUAAAACAUUAUUACUUAAGAAUACUCUUCUGUCAUUCCUUUUUACCUUUCUACUCCAACUUGCUAACAUAAAUACUCCAGUUAAUAACUUUUUCCCCUACCAUUUCUCACAGUACCUAUUUUGAGGUCUUUUUACCAUAAAUCCAUAUAUUCGAACUUUAAAUCAGUAUUAAUACCAUAAAGGAAUGCAACUGAGCCUGUGUCAAAAUGAAAGGAGUUAAAAUGAGAUACCAUUAAAUAAAAUGGCAAGUCAUUUUGAAUCUAGACAUAAAUGUUACUUUUAAUCUUCAUUCUAGUUCUUUAAAUCUAGUUUUGCUUCAUUUGUUGCAUAGCUAAUUAUUAGAAUAACCUCUCUUUCUCUUGCUUUCUACACACUUGCUUUGGAUUAUAGCUGAGAAAAGGAUUCUGUUUUUAUUUUCUCUUGCUGUAGAUCAUUCUUCAAUAUACUGAGCACUAAAAUUUAAUUCUGACUCUUGUCCAUAACAAAAUGGCCCAAAAGAUUUAAUUUUAUGGAGAAAUGUACCAGAGAAGUAGAUUUUUAUUAUUCUAGGUAUAUCAUUGUGGCUUUUCUCUCUAGACAUCCUUCAAAUUUUCUUUACUAUUUCAGUGUUAUAAGAGUUUUUUGUUUUUUAAUUAAAUUUUGGAACUCACUUAUACCUCCAAUCAUGGUGCCAUGAAUAAAAGUCCUCAGAAAAUGUGAUACCCUUUUAAACUUUUGACUUUCAUAGAACUUUUACACUCCCCAAAGAGGCAAUAUUUAUUUUCUACACAAGUUUGUUCACGUUAAAUCUUUGGAAUUGAAAAAUUUAGUCAAAACCAAUAAGGAAAGAUUCUUUUUAUUUUUUUUGGCAUUCCUUUCAAAUCAAGAUAGUACUAGAUCUUGGAUGCCUAAUGGCAUUGUCAAGAUUCAGUGAUAGGAAAAAAAAUCAUAUUUUGCCUAUAUGAAGUUGGCACCAUUCCUGUUACUAUACCAGUUUCCCUUGUUUUCAAAUUAAUAUUUAAUCCUAGGUGGUUUAAUUUUAAUUUUUUAUUUUAUUACUGCCUUUCCUUUUAUGAGUGUCUCCUCUAUGUCUUCAGUUAUUGACUCUGCUAGAGAGCCAUUUUAUUUGUCCGCAAAGGAGUUUUAUUUGGUCUAAAUGGACUAGUUUGGCUGAAACUUUACUUCUUUCCACCACCAUUCUUCUCUAUGGAGACCUCUUUUACAUAAGGAACAAAAAACAUCUUUAAAAAAUAGAUCUAUAUUUUGAUGAUAGGAAUCUUCAUGGUGGUCCAAGAUUCUCUACUCUUUCAGGAAUGCCUAAACUUUUUUCUUCCAUCCUGACAUUUUGUUCUGAAGUCUCUGCAGUUUAAGAGCAUGUUAACAUGAAAUAAUUUGAUUGUCCAUUAAAUCUUUUUGCAUCAACUUUUAUCACUUUUUCACUUGUCAUCUGCAGAUUUUUGAAACAGUAGUGCAUGUAACCUGAAAGCCUUGUUGUCUAACUUAAAUAUGAAAUGUUUAUUCUUGACUUAGCAUUAUAUAUAUUGUAUGAUGGUAGCAGUAUUUAUGUCAACGGAAGUCAUGGAUUGAGUUAUCUAAUUGUUGCUGAAGUUAUAUGUCACCUCAAAUGAUCAUUUUGGCUUUCUGUAUGCUAUCUUAUUAUUCUUGGAUUUUAUCAACCACCUUUCCAUAUCAAGGUAGACUUUUAGAUGAGUGAAAAUCUCUUGCAUGUUCUUUUUGUUUUAACAUUCCAUUUCUUUAUUUUGUGUGUGUGUGUGUGUGUGUGUAUGCGUGCGCGUGCUUGUUAAUAUUUUGCCCCAUUGGUAGCGGUUUCAUAUUUUUAGUAUUUCUGUUCAUAAAGUGGAAUAUUUUUUAGUUCAUACCUCAGUGAAGCACAACUUGAUGAAAAUGAAGUUUUUCUAGAAGAAAAAUACUCCUGAAGCUCAUAGCUCCAGGAGGAGUGGUCGGCAGUCACUAAAUACUGCUAUGUUUGUUCAAAUAGCAUUUCAAAGGAGUGUAUGAGUAGGCUGGUGAUAAAAGAUGUCAACUUUCAGUUUAGGAAUUUGUGUGUAUUUUAAAAACAGGGUGAAACUAAUUUCUACUCUCCAAAAAGGUAAAUAAUUAGGGAGAAGAAUAAAGCCUCUUGGUGGACAUUUAGAAGCCUUUUCCUUUGGAAGUCUUUUUAAUGAUCUGGACAAAAUAUGUUAUAAGUCUAUUCUAGUUCUUAGUAGGGAUGUUACAUUCUCUGGGGGAAUCACUUGCUCUGAUUAGUACCUGCUGCCCUUUUGAAUUAGGUGUUCAUAGUGGAUUCAUGGGCUAUCUGGACACCAAUCCAGUGGUGAUAUGAAGACAUUUCUACUACUCUGCCAGUUUGGCAUCUGUCCUUCAAAAAAUAAAAAUUGCUAUAUUGACCUGAGGUGAUGAAUGACAGUUUAAAGGAAGUCGAGAAUUUUCAAAGGUGAACUUUAUUCUCCAGGGACAAACUUGUAUAUUUUCCAGUCAUAAGUAGUAGCUCUCUAAUGAUAUCUUGGAGGCAGAGAGAACUCUGUAGAAGUUUAAGUAAUUGAGCUGCCAGGUGUGGUACAUCUGUCUUCCAGUGUUCCCAAACCAGAAUAUUGUAGUAGAUAGAGCCUAGCCUUUUAAAUUUUACUUUAGCUUUUUGUUACUGUUGUUUUUUCUUAGCUCUUGCAUUUUUCAAAGUUUUUUUUUGUUUGUUUCUUAUUUUCCCCUGUCUUUUGGUCAUUGUUACUUUUUUUUUUCCAGUCCAGACUUUAUGACAUUCCUCGGAUAGGUAAAGAAUUUGUGUUAUGAUUGUAAUAAUUGUGCAAUAUCUUAAUAAGUGUGAAUGAAUUUGCCUUAUCUAAUCCAGGAAAUAAAAUGUUAAGGUGCAGUCUCCCUUUUUGAAAAUAGAGUAGUAGACAUCACAUUUUCAAGCCUGUGGUGUUCCUUUAGGAGAAGGAGAGUUUGAAGGAAUUCCUAGUACCAGUAAAAGAAAAUUGAUUCCAAAGUCAGUUUCCAGAAUGCUAUAAUAGAGUAGUCAAUGUGGCCUUUAUUGUAUAUCAAAGAAAACAGUUCUUUCUUUGGGUUAUAUGCAGAUAAUUUUUUUUAACAUACUAUCCAAGAGAAGGGGAGACUGUAUCUUUAAUUUUCUUGACCUGUUUUUGUGAUGUUUUAAGGAUUUGGAAAUUUCAUUGACUGAUUAUUCUGUUCUAUAAGAAUGGUAUUGGAUUUAAACUGCCAUGUCAUCCUUUAAAUGAGCAUUAUAAUAAAGCAAAGAGAAAUAGA